AUGUCGAACACCGAUUCAGGUGCACUCUGUAAUAGCCCCUCUUCCUCUCCCAAUACACCACCUAACAUAUACUCGAGUACACCCAACGUACACAGCCUUCAUGCUGAAGCGAUUUCUCACAAGCCAUCUCCUGUCACUCGAGCCUUAUUGGAGGAGUUAGAUUUGAUGUUGAUUCAGUCCAACAUUAAUCUCCGAGUUGACAUUAAUUAUGACCAUGAUCUACAUUUCACGCCUGUGUCAGGUCAGAAGGGAGAGAAGAAAAGGUCGGGAGCCGUACAUUGCUGGCAAAGUCGUGCAUAUGAGCUCCUAGCACACGCGUGUAACUUCCCAACAAGGGGUACCAAAUGCCAACACACAGGCCUAGCGAUCUCGAAAGACUCCGGUUCAGGACUCAAGACUUUAUUCACCUCCCUCUACGAACUUCUAAUAAUCUUGGUUCCGGAUAGAGAGCAUGACCAGAUUUCGCAAUUUCGAGACAUCCCGCAACUCAUCCAAGAGGCCGAACUUGGGCUUCUGGAUGUGGUGCACCUGGGUCGACUGAUAUGCAAGCUACUCCUAAUACACUGCGCACCGAUGCGCGACGCAUCUAUUCAGGAGAUAGACACGAGAUUCAGAGAGGAGAAUGAGGACUCAACGGCUUACACCGCCGGCAUCAACCAAGUGCUUGCCAUUUUAGAAGCAGUGAAGCUGGAUGUCACCAAUCAUCAAAUUCGCACUUUGAGGUACUCUCUUGUCCAAGAUACCACAUCCGAUGGCCCACGCUUCCCACAUAUCCAAGCUUGCACAAAGCAGGUGCAAGUAGCUCGCCGUCAGCGGCAGCAGCAUGGCAGCCUUCCUUACAACACGAAGCGACUGCCACGCGAACGGUCCUUUCUCCCAAUGAUCAUCAAUGGAAAUUGUUUCGAGGCGCUUCCAGACACAAGGUCUUCAUCCAACAUGAUGACCGAGGCUGUCGCGAACGCCCUGGGCAUCUCAAUCGACCGAGCGGAAUCAAGGCGACACUCAUUCAAAAAUGCCUGUGGCGAAUUGUUCCAUUCGGUGGGUGAGGCAACUACGCAAGUUUCCUUCCCAGGAGAGGGUGCUCAGGAAUGCCGAUUCGCAGUGUUGCGCACCUGCGCGGCACCCUUGAUCAUGGGUGACCCCUUCCUGAGAACGACCGAGACUUUGACCAAGUUCCGCCAUCGCCUGAAGAAAGCCACCACGUCGGCAACGAGGAGGGCUUGGCAGGUGUGCUACAUGAGCGUGCCCAGUCAGCGUCUCGAAUGUUACCUUGACUCCAUGAGCGUGCAAGCUGACCCAGACACAGGCUCCGACAUGGACCUAAUAUCCUUAGCAUACGCGACGCAAAGCGGCUGGAAGAUCAAUCCCUUACCACCUGAGAUAGGGCCCAUUGAAUUGGCUAAUGGAACCAGAAAGACCCUCUCGGGAUAUGUGCAUGUUCCUUUCACCAUUGGUGGAUACUCAUCAUACAACACAUUCUAUGUUCUGGACGGCCUUGUCUGCGACGUGAUUCUCGGCGACGAGACCCUCGACGAGCUCGACGCAUUUAAUCAGUAUGCAGCUUACUUCGUGGAGCUCGAAGCCAACAUGGUUGAGCCGAAUCACUGCCACAACAUCAAUUGGGCGGAAGAAAGGAUAAGGCGUACGGAACAAAUCCUCAACGGCGUCUAUCCAUCCCCACAUCAUCCAACCUCAUCGACACUGCCGCAGCAACAGCAGAUUCCCAAACGUAGCUCCUGGAGACAACGCCUCUCAGCCCUGGUCGCCCGCCAGUCGCCCGCCGAGGACGCGCAAGCAUGGGACUCGGCGUUCAUGAGCGCGCUAGAAAUCCUGGACAACGUCGAGGUGAACGACCGUGACCAAGCCGAACAGCAGAUGUCACGCCUCAGCGGGGACACGCUGGACCGCGCAAAGGACACGAACAGAGCCCGUCAGCAGAAACAUGCCGAGCGAACGACAGCAAUCAAAGCGGCUCGUGAUCGUUUCUUCGGUGUGCCUGCUCCUCUUUGA